AUGGCAAACACCUACCUCUCAAGCUUCCAGGUCAUCGUCCGUAGCGGCGGCGCGUCACCGAGGCCGAGGCCAAGAGUGGUGACAUGCCACGCCUCCGAGCCGUCGGGCCGGCGAUCAGCUUGCCUCAGUCUAGGCCUCGGCCUUGCCACCGCCGCUGUGCUACACACAGCGCCCGCCCGCGCCAACGCUGACGCCGAUGAGGACCCGGAGCCGGCCAACAACGGCUGGUGGCUCACCGAGUUCCCCCUGCCAGUGCCCAAGAUCCGCAACAAGGAGAUCAACAAUGGCGAGACGGGGACGCGAUCCUUUGUGAAGAACGGCAUCUACAUGGCAGACAUCGGGCCGAGCUUCGCGGCGCAUGCCUACCGGGUGCGCAGCUCCGCCUUCGACCUGCUGGCGCUGGAGGACCUGCUCGGCAAAGAAGCCUCCAACUAUGUCAACAAGUACCUCCGCCUCAAGGCCACCUUCAUAUACUACGACUUCGACAAGCUCAUCACCGCCGCAGACCCCGACGCCAGGCCGCCGCUUCUCGACCUAGCCAACCGCCUCUUCGACAGCUUCGAGAAGUUGCAGGCGGCCGUCACCACCAAGGAUGACGCUGACAUAGGAUCCUGCUAUGCUGACACAAAGCUCAUACUGCAGGAAGUCAUGACAAGAAUGGCCUAG